AUGUCGUAUCAUCCAGUUGAGGUACAAACAACUACAGCCUUUGAUGCCGAUCCUUGCUAUCAUUAUGAAAACCUGAGUGAAGCCAAUGGAAAGAUAGAUUACUUUACACCUCCCGAUUCAGAAUUGUGUGACUACAAACUCCCUGAGGGAUGGUAUCGUUUCGUGGGAGCUGCAGGGACAAAAAUGCCAACAACGCGUGUGCAAGCAUUCAGUUGUGGUACAGACUGGCCAGGCUGGUUGGAUGGUGCUCAUCCUACAGUGGAAGAUGGUGACGUUCUCCGGACGGUCUGCUUUAGUGAUCGCCCUACUGGUUGCAAAUACACAACAGAAAUUUCUGUAAAAAACUGUGGAUCCUACUUCAUCUACAAACAGCAACAGGUACCUGGUUGUAACUCACGCUACUGUGGUACAGACUGA